CUGCACACACAACCCUGCUUGCGAUUGCUAGCGCAUGUAUCCACUCAGCGAUCAGCGCUGGGCCUUGACUUUAAUGAACCCAUGUUCGGGCGAAUGCAAGAGAAGGUUAAGUGGUGAAAUGUUUACCAGUCGGCUGAUUUGCUGUGUGGAUGACGUAAAAAGAAGGGAGUACUGGUAGUAUUAGGACAGCCAGUAUCAUCAAGAACGGAUAUGGGGGAAAACUGUAGCGUGACUCCUUAAAAAAAAUAGUAAAUAUAUAUAUAUUUUUAAAAUUGUAUUUUAUUUAUUUAAAAUUAGACCUUAGAAAUAAAAAUGGCGUUGAUCCUAAGAUCGAGGGCACCUGCUGUAUUCCAAGCCUCCAGAUCGUUGUGCAAAGAAAUUAAGCAAGGUGGAUUGCAGGAAAUUGCAUGUUUCAACUGCACGGCCCUUAGGCUUAUGAGGAAUGUAAGCGUCCGAAGCUGCAGCACUCCCUUGUCAUUCAGCUCAUCGUCCUUGUGUGCGGGAGAGAACUGUAAUUGUCACAGUUGUCUGCGUGGCUCCCAGAGACUCUACUGCGGGGUGGUGAAAGGCUCUCAGUCAUGGACUCCUGUGGGACCCCGGCACGUUCCAGUCAGGUUGUGGCAUGCCAGCAGCCGCCUCUGCGACGACUCCAAGGUGGAGAAGUCUCUCAAAUCUUUAAAGGACAAAAACAAGAAGCUGGAGGAAGGAGGCCCAGUCUACAGCCCCACAGUGGAGAUGGAGCCUGUCAGGAAGUCUCUGGGACAGAAGGUAGUGGACGAGGUGAAGCACUACUACCAUGGCUUUCGCUUGCUAUGGAUCGAUACCACAAUUGCCGGCAGAAUGCUGUGGAGGAUUCUCAAUGGGAACGUUUUGUCUCGGAGGGAGAGAAGACAGUUCCUGAGAACAUGUGCGGAUGUCUUUCGGCUGGUCCCGUUUCUGGUCUUCAUCAUUGUCCCCUUCAUGGAGUUUCUGCUUCCAGUGGUUCUUAAACUCUUCCCCAACAUGCUUCCUUCAACCUUUGAGACACAGUCCAAGAAGGAGGAGAGGCUGAAGAAGGAACUGAGGGUGAAGCUUGAGAUGGCGAAGUUUCUUCAGGACACUAUUGAGGAGAUCGCGCUUCGCAAUAAGGCAGCCACAGUUAACGUGACCGAGGAGUUCUCUACCUUCUUCCAGAAGAUCAGGAACUCUGGAGAGAGGCCCAGCAACGAGGAGAUCAUCCGCUUCUCCAAGCUGUUUGAGGAUGAGCUGACGCUGGAUAACCUGACCCGGCCCCAGCUGGUCGCCCUGUGCAAGCUGCUGGAGCUGCAGUCCAUCGGAACCAACAACUUCCUGCGCUUCCAGAUCAUCAUGAAGCUCCGUGCCAUCCGGGCCGACGACAAGCUGAUUUCCGAGGAGGGGGUUGACAGUCUGAACGUGAACGAGGUGCAGGCGGCGUGUCGGGCGCGGGGGAUGAGGGCUUUGGGCGUGACGGAGGAACGACUCCGUGAGCAGCUCAAGCAGUGGCUGGAGUUGCACCUGAACCAACAGAUCCCCACCUCUCUGCUGCUGUUAUCCAGGGCCAUGUACCUGCCGGAUACUCUGUCCCCAGCCGACCAGCUCAAGACCACCUUGCAGACCCUCCCCGAGAUUGUGGCAAAGGAGGCCCAGGUGAAGGUGGCGGAGGUGGAGUGCUACAAGGUGGACAACAAAACCAAGCUGGAGGCCACGCUGCAGGAGGAGGCAGCCAUCAGGAAGGAGAACGAGGAGCGCGAGAUGGAGAGGCUGGCUGAUGCUGCUGAGAAGGAAAAGGAGGUCCUGCAGGUGGCAGCCUGGAGAGAAGUAGAGACAGCGGUGAAUAUGGAGGCAGCAGCUGUCAAUGUUAAGAAAAGCCAGAUCGUCAUGGAUGCCGAGCAGGAGCUUGCCACUGUUGACCUGGCGAUUCAUUCAGAGACCUUGAAGGACACGGCUCCAGUCUUGGAAGGGAUUAAGUUUGACAAAUGGCAGAAGUUUCUUCGUAUCCAGGGAGAGGAGAUAACCAAAGAGGAGAUUGACAUGCUGAGUGAUGCCUGCACCAAACUGAAGGAGCAGAAGAAGCUGCUGACCAAAGAGAAGGAGGAGCUGGAGGAUCUGAAGGAUGACGUCCAGGAGUAUAAUGAGGAUUUGAAGGAGAUCAAGAAGGAGCUGUCGAAGACCGGGCAGGAAGAAGCCGUGCAGGAGUCCAAGGCCAGCAAGAGGCUGACGAAGAGGGUGAACCGCAUGAUCGGUCGGAUCGGCAAGAUCAUCUCCGAGCUGGAGACGGACAAGAAGGUGCUGGACGGACAGAUGGACAGCAAGACCACGCCGCCCAUCGGCUUGUACUUCUCCUUUAGUGAGAACCUCAUCAGCAUCAGUGAGCUGAUUGACGUGAUGAGACAGAUCCAGAACAUUCCGGAACACAAGCUGCAGUGCAUCGCAGAGACUCUGGAUGAGAACAAGGAUGGCAAGAUUGACAUCGACGACGUUGUCAAGGUGGUGGAGCUCAUAGACAAGGAGGACAUUGACAUCUCAACGAGCCAGAUGGCAGAGAUCAUGGUGAUGCUGCAGAAGGAGGAGAAGCUGAUGGAGAAGGAGAAAGCCAAGGAGAAGGCCGAGAAGGAGCAGGCUGCCGAAGUGCAGAACUGAGGUCGGCUCAUCACCUCCUGCUGCUUCAUGGGAGUGGGGUUGCUCCCUUUGCACCAGGGCAGAGAAGGCUACCUUCAUGUGGGAAAUGAACAUGCUGUCAUUAAUGGCAAGAAGCGCCUCUGCAGCAGAGAGCAAAUUAGUGUUCAGACUUGUUGGGUUUUAUAGAUAUGAUGGCAAACUUUGCACUGGUGCAAACCAAAAUAGUGACCAGUAGCUUUAUCAGUUACACACAAACAAAAAGGAACAUUUUGUUUUGAGGUGGUGGGAUUUGCCCAAUUUUUUUUUCUUUUUUUUUUUUCAUAUAAAUAAGUUGAACAUGAAUUGCACAGUAAAUCAUAUAACGUCAUUCCAGAAGCAUGGAAUCAAUGAUUUAAUUCUUCUUAUUCUUGUUGUGUGUUGUGUUUUUUUUAAAUGACGAGGGUCUCUCAUUUAAUCCAUGUAUUUAUAAUAAUAAUAAUAAUAUUGAAUGUGCUGUAGUGAUGUGGUGAUCUUAAAUGCUGUAAUGUUUUAUAUACAAACAGAAAUGAGAGACACAAAAAACUUGAAUGGCAUUAUUAAAUAUAGAAAAUAUAAAGAAACUAAUAAAACCAUUUGAUGAAUGGGAUCAGCCAAGAUCACCUUGAUGUGCUGUUUUGAAAUGGGAUAUUGAAAGUCUGAAAACAGAAUGUUUAUUUUUUGUAUAAUCAAAUAUUGUAUUCGCCACUGAAAAGUUUAUUUUAAAUAGUUGCAUAUGGCAGCUCAUUGGAGGUCCUGUGUAUUUUUGUGUGUUUUAAAGCUCUCUAUGCAUUCUACAAUGCUGAUAUACAAACUUCAGUAAAAAAAAAAAUUGAAAGGCAACUAUUUGUGGCUUAUGUGAAGCAGGAGAUCCUCUGCCUGGCUGUUGCUGUUGGUUUAAGGUUUGUGUGUUUUUAGAAAGUUUGAACGCUAGGAACAUGCAGGAUCAAUUGCAGUUAGGAUGAAUAAAAUCGGUAUGGAUUUGAUUGGUUUGAAUGUUGCUACUCUUAAUUAAUAAUUUUGACUGCCUAAUUGAACCGAUCAGAUUUACUAUUUUAUCAGUUGUUACUCGUAAUGAUAUCAAACCAUAAGGAAGAGAAUACAACUUGAAAGUAAACAUUGGGCUUGGUUUUCCACUGAGGGCUAAUCCACCCACUUCAUACAUUGCCUUCAGUUAGCCCACAAUGGAAACUUUAAUAUAUGCACAUAAUGCACAGAUAUGGAAAUGCAAGGCAUUUUUAAAUUAUUAUGUUUUUAAAUUAUGAAUAAAUACUUUCAUGUUAAUUUCUGCCACAGAAAGAGAAAAAAAGCUUUACUGAUUUCUUAUGUUUUAAAAAAAAUUAAAAUGUAGUGAAUAAAAUCUGACCAAAUUAAUGCAGCAGCAGCAGUGUACACUUAAAGAUAAAUAGCUUCAACUGACUAACAUAUCUUUCAGUUUGACCUGAAUCUGCUUCGACUAUAAUUUUAUAUUUGCAUAUUGUAAAUUGCGUUAUCAUUGGUGCACUACUUCUUAAAUGAAGAUUUAAAACAACAUCAACUAUAAAUGCCUAUGUUUCAUUGCACUAUAAAAGUAUGUUUAGCUUCUGUGCAUUUUAUUUCGACUCGGGUAUGAAUGUUGUGUCACAGCAGAACUCUAGUCUUCUCUGUGUAUUUCUAGUGGAUGGUAGGGUGCAGUGUUGUGUGUAUUUCUAGUGGAUGGUAGGGUGCAGUGUUGGGCUUUUUGAACUCCUAACAGAUACAAUGUCUGCCUUGCUACAUCCUUCUAGCCAACUUGUAUGUAUGGACAAUUUACUUCUUUAAUCGAAGAUUAUCUUCCUUGGUUUCCUGGUCAGCCACUCCUUCCCUGUAGACACCUUUCUGUUUAGAGCCUGUAACAUGUGAUCCCAUACAAUAAUGCACUAGGCUGUCACUUCUGAGGCCUGGGUUCAAAUGCAACUUUGGUCACAAGUGAUACAAGGUUGCUGGUAUCAGUUUAGUCAACCAUGCAUAGUAGUGAACAUCAUAAAAACACCACACCGCCCACUUUUCACUUGGAAGAGGCCAAGGACUGUAAAGCAGAUGUCUGUAUUGAGGCAGUGGUGGGAUGUUGGGAAGUUUGUGUAGCACAUGUCAGUGGUGUAUUAGAUUGAGCAUGGUUGUUUUUUAACAGGUGUAAUUUUAUAUAUAUAAAAAACAAAAUAUCCUUACCUCUCAUAACUUAACAUUAUCACAAGUCCAGUAACACAGGACCUACAUUUCUAGUAUGUAAUUUUAUGAUUUGAGUGUUGUGUAUUGUGACAAGAAAAAUGGCUUUGCACCCUUUUGAGUGCAGUAUUGUCCACAGUAGUUUUCUUCAAAGUUCAUAUUUUAGCCGAAGCCAGCUGUUUCUAGGGGUGUGCAGAAGAGUAUUGCAUUUCCUUUAAGAGCUGUGCACAUGUAGAAAUCCCACUGCACAUAUUAAAAGGGUUUUUUUUUUAAAACCUGGAGUUGAAGUUGCUUACAUACUCGGAGGUUUCCUUGAACUCUAUCUGUCUUAUGUAUUUUAUUAGAAGGCAUUAGCUUGACCACACGGCAUGUGUUUUUCAUUUUACAAGCACCAGAAUAGCCAGCCCCUUUGUUUAUUGUCUAUUUGACAUGACAUGGAAGAGUUUGUUUUGUGUAACAAUUAAAAUAAAAAAUAAAAAGAAGCAGUGUCAAAGAACAAGAUCUGUCGCAACAUUCUGCCAUCCAAAAUGUAAUAAAGCCACACUGCACAGCCAACUGCCUGGGACCCUGCCAAUACAGUGUAGGCAUAUUGCACCAAGGAGUAACUGCAUUUAGAUGAGCCUUAACAUGCCAGAUAGUACUGAUUGUGUGAAACCGGAGCUCGGUGUGGAAAUGUAGUGGUAGAAAACUGUUGAAUGUUAAAAUGGCAAACAGGGUUAUUUGUUGCAAAUCUUACCCAAGUUGAAACUAUUGUGUGUUGUCAAUCUGUUGUGUGUUUUAGAUUGCUGUUAUAAUGAAUAGUUUGACAGGUCUGAAGUUGUCUAUACAUUGGAUUACAUGGAAAGGGCAGGCAUGUUGGUACUGGUGGCAGUAAGCCAGGUAACUGGGUAGAGCUCUGAGAAAGUGUUCUGGUCCUCUUUGUGCUACUCUUCUAUACAGACUGCAGUCAAGUUAUUUAGGGAACAUAUAUGUCUUGGUGCAUUUCUGUGAAACCUUUUAAUGAUGUUUCCUAUUCUGUUGCUCCUAUUUACUCACCAUGUCUGAAGACAUCCAGUUUGAUGAAGCUAAAUGGGAAAGCUACUGUACUGUAAAUUUGAUGUCGAUUCAUAUACAAUGCACCAUAUGGGGGGGGGGAACUAAAACAUUAUUACAAAACAUGUUUAAGUUGAACUUCACCAUUGACCUGACACAUGGUAAUUUGCAGGACUUUGCAACUACACUAUGUUGUGUGGCUUUGAUUUGGCCUGGCUGGGUACUUCUCAUGGAAGACCUCUGCUGCACUGUGGGCACUUUGCCCAUGGCUUGCGUUCUGUAAAUGGAGUCAACGCAUCAACAUUCUACUGUAUGUGUUCCUGCAGCCAUGAUUGUCUGCUUGUUAACAGGACACUCACUCAGCAUAAAGACAGAUGGUCUGCAAUGUUUUCUUUUUCCUAUGGUGCUUUGUUAAUGUCAUGAACAGUGUGUGUUGGAAGCCAUUCUAAUUUCUCAGGAUUUAUUUUCUUUGCUGUGUUGCAUAUUUUUGGUACACUUUGACUGAUUUUAGAUAUGCACUCAUUUGCAGACACUCCUGUCAGUACUGAAUCCUCCUUCGAAUACAAGAAGCAUAAGAAAUAUCUUACUAGAUGUUUAUUACAGAAACCCGACAAAUACAUACCAUUUGUUGUAAGCAGCUCUGUCACGGGAUCUGCCAUGACGACAAAGCACACAAGGAAAGUAAGCUCCCCUCCCCUCCCAUAAAUAUCCCUCUUACCAAGUAAUGCAAUUGGAUGGACUGCACAAAUGCAUACAUGUCAAGUAUGAGGUGAUAUAAAGUCACAUGACCAAGAGAACAACUACCUCUGUUUAACCUUGUGUGGAAUACGGUACCAGCUGGGGGUGACUGGUAUUGAGCAGUUAUUACAGCAACUUGUAAAGCAGUGGCUGGGGCACUCCUGAGACUUGCAGUGAUCGUGAGGUCUCAAGUGUCAAGGGAUGGUCAGCCAUUGGCAGUAGUCUUGGAAAAUGGUAUCUACUGUUUAUAGACUGUAGUUUAUUGUCCGAUUACUGAUUUGGGCGUGGAAGUGGUCUGAUUUAUUUACUGUAGUGUUGUGUUUUUCUUUUGUUUUUUUUGUUUUUGUUUUCUUUUUGGUUGAACUGAAAAGAGCAAACAGACAAGAAUCGCUGAGUAUGACUUCUAUUAAGAUCAAAUUCAGAUGUUUAAUUCAAUAAAAUAAUACAAAAAUG